AUGGCAAUUCAAAUCAUUUGCGAACCCUCACGAUCAUUGUAAUUGUCAAGACUAUACGUACCUUGCUGGUUUGUAAUCAAAAUCGGUUCGAAAAUGAUUGCCAAAAUUUUCCUAAUUUGCAGUAUAUUGCCUUUUAUUAAGGCUUUCAGUUUCAAUGAAAAUGAUUUAGCUAAAUUAGGACAAGACAGAUUCUGUUUUUUCGCAUACAGCACACGUACCAAAGUUUCCACCAUUCAACAAAUUUAUCCGAACGCAGAAAGAGUUGGUGUUGCUCGAUUACCAUACCACAGACUUGAUUUUAACUACUACCUCGAAGAAGUCAAAGGAAGUAUCCCAACGAUAGUUCCUGAUUGCGGAUACGAAGUAUGGGGAGCAAUUUACACGAUACCGAUUAACGAUUUAGAAUUAGUAUUAUCGAAGGGCACCAUGGCUGGAAACCAGAGAGUAUUCGGUUUUGUACAAAAGAUCAUCGAAACCUACAGCAACGGAAAUCUUAUUUAUUUGAAAUGUAACGCGUUCCAACAAAUCGAUUUACCUGAGAAAUUCAUUUACGGUCUUCCUUUCCCGAAAGAACGAAGGCCUUCGCGAGGUACACUUGAUAGGAUGAUUGACGCGUAUACGGAUGCUGGUUUACCGAAAAAAUACAUCCAGGAAAUUUCCAUGAUUCCUACAACAGACAAUAAUUUGGGUUCUUUGCCACAUACUCCGAUUGUUGUGGCGCCAGAUUCAUUGGUGGUAGCUCCAGGAUCUACUGUUGUUGCACAAAAUAAGGAUGCGUCGAAAAAUGACGAUGAUGAUUGAUAAUUCAAACAUUUACCUGUUUACGAAUGAUUAAUACAUAAUGUUAAAAUGAUAAGGUGAUAUUCAAUUCAUGAUAAAAUUUAAUAAAAAAAUAUAUUGCACAUUAA